AUGACCGAAAUUUGCAAGAGGCACUUCCGCACCACGGACGAAUGGUUUACACCUGCCAUACUGCGUGAGAGGAUCCCUAAGCUUCAGCUUGUCAUAGAUCUCACAUUUACUGAUAGAUAUUAUAAUGCCACGGAGUUUUCUGAUUAUGGUAUACAACACGUGAAAAUAAAAUGUCCUGGAGGCGGACAAAGGAUUCCUCCUUUUUCUAUCAUCAAACGAUUUAACAAUGCCAUAACCGAAUUUCUUAGAUCCAACAGCGUGAACGAAGAUACUUUAAUUGGUGUACAUUGCACCCAUGGAUUGAAUAGAACUGGAUACUUUAUAUGCAGAUAUUUAGUGGAACAGUGCAAAUGGACUCCUGAACAAUCUGUUAAAGCAUUUGAAAUUGCCCGUGGACAUAAGAUAGAGCGAGAAGUGUAUAUAAGAGAAAUAAACAAACACUUCAGUCAAAUUAGCGGGCAGUCUGAAACGUAUCCGAAUAAGCGAAGUCGUACUUAUUCUAACGUCGCGUCGGAAAGCACUAAUGUCAACCUCUCUAGUGCUACACGACCUUUUCGAAAUAAUCCUCAAAGAGACAGAAGACACCAAACACGUACUAAAAAUAAGCAGAAUCAUUUUCAAGAGGAACCACUUUCGUGGCGAAAUCCCAAGGACAGGCAAAAUUUAUCAGUAAACCCUCGCUCCAGUUGCUGGAACAACAGAAAUACUGCUCAAACAUUACAUUUAAACAAACCCUCUGCCGAUUAUUACCAGGUUUCUAAUGUUCAUGAUGGUUUGUCCAACUGGGGAAAUCUACAUGAACGUCCCAACUGGAGGAAUCGUGAAACGCCAACUGUUAAUAAUCCGAGUAUGAGCCAGUGGAGAUGUCGACGUAAUUAUAACAAUCACGAUCGUGCCUACUAUGGUACGCCUAAUUGAAGAUUAAAAAUUUGAUGUCCAAAAUGACUAUUUCAGCUGAAAUUAAAAUAGCAACUCGUUUA